CCCACAGCAGCCGCGGCGCCGGCGGAGGCUCAAGGGCACCGACACGGCUCGGAACGCCUGUGGAGCCCCCCCACCUGCUUCCAUAAGGCUUUGCCUUUCCAACUUCAGCUACAGUGAUAGCUAAGUUUGGAAAGAAGAUCAGAAGAAGACCCCUGGUCCGUUUUUCUUUUGUUAUAUGUCAUAGUCGUCAUUGGGGUCUUUUUGCACAAGGCUGUUGUGUUUUUAGCGGUGCUCUCUCCAGUUCCUUGCACUCCUGUUAACAAGCACCUCAGCAAGAGCAGCAGCAGUAGCAGCAGAAGAGCAAGUGGGGGGCGCCUGGUGUCAUGACCAGGAAAAGAGAGCAAAACCGCCAGAGAGGAUGCUGUGGAUCCUUAGCAAACUACCUGACCUCUGCAAAAUUCCUUCUCUACCUUGGUCAUUCUUUAUCUACUUGGGGAGAUCGAAUGUGGCACUUUGCAGUGUCUGUGUUUCUGGUCGAGCUCUAUGGAAACAGCCUCCUCUUGACUGCAGUUUACGGGCUGGUGGUGGCUGGGUCUGUUCUGGUCCUAGGAGCCAUCAUUGGUGAUUGGGUGGAUAAGAAUGCCAGACUCAAAGUGGCCCAGACUUCGCUGGUGAUACAGAAUGUUUCAGUCAUCCUAUGUGGAAUCAUCCUGAUGAUGGUUUUCUUAUAUAAAAACGAGCUUCUGACCAUGUACCAUGGAUGGAUGCUUACUUUCUGCUAUAUCUUGAUCAUCACUAUUGCAAAUAUUGCAAAUUUGGCCAGUACUGCUACUGCAAUCACCAUCCAAAGGGACUGGAUUGUUGUUGUUGCCGGAGAAGACAGAAGCAAAUUAGCAGAUAUGAAUGCUACAAUACGAAGGAUUGACCAAUUAACCAACAUCUUGGCCCCCAUGGCUGUCGGCCAGAUUAUGACAUUUGGCUCUGCAGUCAUUGGGUGUGGUUUCAUUUCGGGAUGGAAUUUGGUGUCCAUGUGUAUAGAGUACUUUCUGCUCUGGAAGGUUUACCAGAAAACCCCUGCUCUAGCUGUGAAAGCUGCUCUUAAAGUAGAGGAAGCUGAGUUGAAACAGCUGAAUCUAUACAAAGAAAAUGAGCCAAAAUCCCCAGAGGCAACUCAUCUAAUGGGUGAGAAAGACGCUAACAUCCACGAGCUUGAACAGGAGCAAGAGCCAGGCUGUGCCUCCCAAAUGGCUGAGCCCUUCCGCACCUUCCGAGACGGAUGGGUCUCCUAUUACAACCAGCCUGUGUUCCUGGCAGGCAUGGGUCUCGCUUUCCUCUAUAUGACUGUCCUGGGCUUUGAUUGCAUCACCACAGGGUACGCCUACACUCAGGGUCUGAGUGGGUCCAUCCUCAGUAUUUUGAUGGGAGCAUCAGCUGUAACUGGAAUAAUGGGAACUGUGGCUUUUACUUGGCUACGUCGAAAAUGUGGCCUGGUUCGGGCUGGUCUGAUCUCAGGAUUUGCACAGCUGUCCUGUUUGAUCUUGUGUGUGAUCUCCGUGUUCAUGCCUGGAAGCCCCUUGGACUUGUCUGUUUCUCCUUUUAAAGAUAUCCAUUCCAGGUUCAUUCAAGCCGAGCCACUGCCCACAAAUACAUCUACAAAAAUAUCUGAAAUCAUCUUUCCAAAUGAAAUGCACAUGUCAAACGGGUCUGAUUCUACUAAUAUUGCCCUAGAGAUGGAUGCUAACUCUGAGUCCAUAAUCUCUGUCAGUCUGCUGUUUGCAGGCGUCAUUGCUGCUAGAAUUGGUCUUUGGUCCUUUGAUUUAACUGUGACACAGUUGCUGCAAGAAAAUGUAAUUGAAUCUGAAAGAGGCAUUAUAAAUGGUGUACAGAACUCCAUGAACUAUCUUCUUGACCUACUACAUUUCAUCAUGGUCAUCCUGGCUCCAAAUCCUGAAGCUUUUGGCUUGCUCGUAUUGAUUUCAGUCUCCUUUGUGGCAAUGGGUCACAUUAUGUAUUUUCGAUUUGCCCAGAAAAGUUUGGGCAACAAACUUUUUGUCUGUGGUCCUGAUGAAGAAGAUGUUACGAAUGAAAAUCAAACUAAUACAUCUGUUGUAUAAGACAGUUAACUGUUUGCUAUCCCUGUUACUAAAUUAUAUAGCGCACAUGUGCUUAUUUUAUACUUCAGAAUUCCAAUAAAUGGCUGGUGUUUCCCUCUGGUUUUACCACAAAUAUACCUUGAAGUCCUAAAGCUAUUUAGGAAACCUAAGUCAGCAGAAAUGAGUUGGUAAUUUCCCUUACAUUUGAUGGAAAAAAAAAAUAGGAAAAGAAAAAAAUUUUAAAUAUGGAGACUAAAAUGGCAACACUGAUUUUCCCCAUUUCUCAUGAGUAGAUAAAAUUUUAUAUAAGAGUGGUUAGCCAUGUGAAUUAAGUUAUUCUUUGGCAGAUAUUAUCUGUACUCGAAUUCAGAUAUAUCAGUUUUCCCUAAAACUCAGUCUUGUCCAAGUCUAGUUAAUUUACUUUUUCUUUGGUAUUUUAUUCUGUUAUAUUAUAAGAACAAAUUCUACUCCACAUACAAAGAUUAAAGUUUAAUAAGUUUUAUUCUUAUUGAUCCUAUUGAUCUUAAAGGAUUUACAUAUAUGUGGAAAAAAAUUCACUAGUAUUCUCUAAUAAGGUCUAUGGUUUAACUUUAGAGAGCACCUUCAUAUUUUUAUCAGAUAGGGCAAAAUAUUCUAUUAAGCAAAUGUAGCACUUUGUAAAAUGGCUGUCAGGUAAGCUGCAGGUAGAAGCAAAGCUGUAAAGUAGAUUUAUAACAGUGAAUGCAUAAGAACUUCAAAUAUGCCAGUAGUUUGGCCAUAGAAAGUAGAAAUUGAAAGUCCCAAAGAAGAGCAAGAUCUGAAUUUAACUCCCAUCACUCUCAUUAAUGAUCUCUAUCUUGGAAUAUGAGGGAGUCAGCUUUCUGCCUGGCAGGUUAAAAGUAGAAAGCAAGCCCACACUUGGAAAGGUUCUGUUUCGUCAAUCACUUGAUUUACUUUGAACAUGCUAGGGUAAAGCAUUUUUACUUUACUGUUUUGUACCCUGGAGUUAUUUUUACCUGGUCAUAUAGCAAGACUGUUCAUAACUGUAUCCCUUUUAAAUGUUUUUGAGAAGAAUGGAGGAAAGGAAAACUUUUGUAUAUAUUUUAAAUAACUGUUUUACAAGUCAUUUUGCCUUAACCGUUUAUGCACUUUCAUGGAGACUGCAAUACGUUGCUAUGAGCACUUUCUUUAUUCUUGAGGUUAAUCUUUUUCUUCUUUCUAUGACAUGACGUGAUGAUUUGCUUUGUUGUAAAAUCUUUGUAAAAUAUUUCUAUAUAAAAAUAUUUUUAAAAUCUUGA